AUGUUACCGUCUGCUGCUCAACUUUUGAAGCGGGUGUUGAUGGUGCCUCCGAAGCACUUCACCGUUGAGUACAAUAUCAAUCCAUGGAUGGGAGGAGUGGUCGAUAAAGUGAAAGCUUUUGCGCAAUGGAAUGCACUGAAAUCGGCCAUCGAAAAAGAAGGUGUAGAG